CGCCAGCUGCAGCAAGAGAAAGCCAGGGCUUUCCAACACCGGGGCGGUUUCCAGGGCAACCCUGGAUCCCGGAUCCCAUUGUGACCCUUUCCCCUGCCUGGCACGGCUCGCCACGGCACGGCACAGCACACGGGGUGCCCCGGGGCUGGGUGGGGAAGGUGAGCUAUGGAGGGCGCCAAAGACGACCUCCCUCGCCCCGUCGUCACUUUCUUCCCGCCCCACUCGACCCAGGAGCUGGUGCUUUUCAGCUUGUUCGAGGGUGAUGAAUCAGCUUUGCAGAAGUUUUUACCCAAGAGCCAUUUGACUAACGUGAUAAUUCACGAUAACAUCAGUGUUCAACGAGUGCAAGAAAUUAAGAUAAAGGACUUGGACAACAGCCAAAGAAAAACAGGCAAUCACUAUGAACAUUUGAAGAAGAGAUUUUUGCAUGACCAACGGAACAAGAUGAAUCGAUGGAAGCAGCAGUAUAGUCGAUACCAGAGAAUGUUGGAGAAAAUUGACCAGCGAGCGAUGCGUCAAGCCACACUCAUGUAUCCUGGGCAGUACUCCCUCCAACUACAGAUGGCUCUCCUGAAGAACCGAUAAGUACUUCGGUUGAGGUGGCGGCUAUGCCUUCAUCUCACAUGGAGUAAAUAAUGCUGAUUAUGUGCAGUUCCCUCCAUGCCUUCUUGUUGGUUUUUCUCCUUAGCCAAGUGGGAAAUAAAGUUGGGCCUCAGCCCUUGCAA